AUGACACCUAAAAGUAAUUCUAUUUAUGAUAAUAAAAAACCUGAAAACAACCAUAACACUAAUGAUUAUGAUGAGGAUAUUGAAAGAAAAUUAAGAGAAUUAAAUGAAAAUGGAACAGAUUGGAUGUCAAUAUAUUUAGUUUAUGUAAUGUUAUUUUUUGGUGGUAUACAAAUAACAGUAUAUUUUACUUCAUUAUGGCCAUACUUAUUAUCAGCAGAUAAUCAGGCAAGUGUAAGUAUUUUAGGAUGGGUUGUGGCAUCAUUUAGUAUAGGUCAAGCUCUUGGAUGUCCUUUUUUUGGUUGGUGGAGUGAAAAAAUAAGAUCCACAAGGAUUCCUGUCUGUUGUGGAUUACUUUUUGUUUUGGCAGGAAAUUUUAUUUAUGCAAUAUUGGCAAAUUUUUCUUCUGAAAAAGUUAGUUAUAUAAUGAUUUUAUCACGUUUUCUUGUUGGUAUUGGUUCAGGAACAAAUGGUGUUUUAAGAGCAUAUAAUGCUACAGCAUGUAUUCAAUCAGAAAGGAGAAAAGUUGUUGCACUUGGAGUUGCUUCAAUGACAUUAGGUGCAACAAUAGGACCUGUUAUACAAGCAAUUUUUAAUCCUUUUGGUGUUGAUGGUUACUUAUUAUUUAAUAUUUUAAAACUUAAUAUGUUUACAUUACCACCACUUGUUAUGGUUGUUGUAUGUUGUUUAAGUAUAAUAUUUUUUUUUUGUUCAUUUCAAGAAACAUUUAUUGGUAUUGAGGAAGAAAAUGAAAAAGAUAUAAAAAGUAACGAGAAAAUGGUAAAAGAGCAUAAAAAAUUACCACCAUUUGAUAAAAUUGCUGUAGCAAUAUGCAUUUAUAAUUGGUUUGUUAUUCAAACAAUGGCAACAAAUGUUGAAGUUUUGGCAUCACCUUUAACAAUAGCAAUGUAUAAUUGGAGUGAUUCUGAAGCAAUACUAUACAAUGGUAUUAUGCUUGGGUGCAGUGCUUUAAUAAACUUUGCUAAUUUUUUACUUCAAGCAUUUACAAGAUUAAGAUAUGUUGAUGUAAGAAAAAUGAUUAUAGUUGGAAUAUCAAUGUUUUUAUUAUUUACUAUUAUAAAUUAUCCCUGGCCAUUUUAUACAGAAAAAUUAGAUUAUAUACCAAUUGCUCCAAAUUCAACAAUAGAAAAUACUCAAUAUAAAGGUGGAUGUUCUAGAAAGUUUGAAUGGUGUGAAGAUACUCCAAGAACACCAAUUAUUUUAUAUAUUAUUAGUUUUAUUUUUUGUUUAGGGAUGGGAUUCCCUACAAUAUCUGGACCAAAUGGUGCUUUAUAUGCAGAUAUUUUAGGACCAAGAAGGCAAGGUUUUAUGCAAGGAAUUAUGGAAUUAUUUGGUUCGAUUGCCAGAGCAAUUGGUCCACUUUCUGCUACAUGGCUUUUUAAUCAUAGCGGAACUAAAUAUUGUAUGGUAAUGCAAGGUAUUUUAGUUUCUAUUGCUAUCAUCUUAAUGGUUAUAUUUAAAAAUAGACUAAUUCCAUUACAAAUUAUAAAAAAAUAA